UGCUUCAAUGCUUCUUCUUCUUCUUAUAUUACUUCAAAGAGAGAAGCAUUCACUAUAUGGAUGAAAUCUCUCGUGAUAUUGCAGGGAAAUGGAUGUACCGUUUUCAACGAAAAUGGCGAGAUUGUUUAUCGUAUUGAUAAUUAUGACAAGAAAUGCAGCAACAAACUGAAUCUUAUGGAUCUCCAAGGCAAUGUUCUUUUUACAAUACUUAGAAAGGUACGUUAUCUAAAACUACAUAUAUGGGUUUUUAGACGUUGGGACUUAUAUAAAUGCAAUAAUGCUUCAAUGUAUAACAAGGGGGAGCCACUAUUUCAAGUAAGAAAAAUUUACAGAGUUCCUAAAGGAGAUGUAUCCUAUCAAGUUACCAUGCUAUCUGAAAAAGCUCAAGCAAGUUGUUACAUGCUAGAGAUCUCCACUGGUGAAUUAGCUUUUAAAAUAACCGACAGCAUGGGAGAACUUGUUGCAGAGGCAAGGCAAAAGCACUCUUUCUCAGGAGUAGGACUAGGAUACGAUGUGCUAACUUUGAUGGUGGUGUCUCACGUAGACCAUUCCAUUGUUAUGGCUCUAGUCACUGUGUAUGGCUUAAUGCAAUGUAGAAUGUGA